GUAACGGUAUAUGCAUGUGGCUAGUUACAAUCAGUUAUAUUUUCGAGCUCUUCCAAAUAGGGCUCCAAAUCGUUUUCGAAGAAAAACGGACAAUUUGACAAAAUUUUAAAAUGGCUUUUAGUAUGCAGACAAUUGUUAUUUUAUUUAGUGCAGUUUUUAUAAUCAUUCUCAACAGUAAUAUUGUUGAGCCAAUAACUUUUUUUAAACAUGGAGAUAUUCCUAUUCUUGGUCGAGCUGACUCUUAUCAGAGAUCUAUUUACAAAAUGGAGAAACCAUUGACAUCAAGAGAUCAUGACGCAAAUCCCGGACAAUUUCCGUGGAUGGUAUCAAUCCAUAUUAUCCAAAUUGACAAUGAUGAUCAGUACUUUCACUGUGGUGGAUCGAUAAUCUCAAAUCGUUGGGUACUGACCGCUGCACACUGCAUGAAGCAAUCUGAACGAAUAUUAGUAAUGUUCGGUGACGUAAACAGGGCACACGCUGACUACAACUCCUAUCAAGGUCCAGGGUUUGCAAUGAUCGGACCCCACGUUUUUUCUCAUCCAUAUUGGGAUGGACACCAAGAAAAUGACAUUGCACUGCUCUACAUGCCCGAGGACAUUCCUUUUGGACCUACGGUCCAACCGAUAAAACUUUCUGGCCACAUGGAUACCUACAAGUCCUACAGUGGAAAGCAAGCUCUAAUUAUGGGCUGGGGACUGAACGGCACAGGAAGAGAGACCACCAUUCUCCAAUAUGGAUUCUUGCCAAUCAUCUCAAUCGAGAUGUGUUACAUAAGCGGAUAUAUAACCUCAGAUACACUGUGUACCGCAGCAAACACAGGACUUGACGCAUGCCCAGGUGACAGCGGUGGUCCUCUUAUCGUUUACAGUCAGAAUUACAAUUGCUACAUACAAAUUGGCGUCGUCCGUGCUGGAGUGAACAAACAUUGUCCAAGUGCGUAUCCCGGGUUUUACACACGCAUUGACUCCCACUACCUUUGGAUUCAAAAAAUCACGGGGAUACUAUUUUGAUUUAGACAUUUCUAAAAUUUGACUAAUGUUUUUUCGAUAUUUUGAGAUUUCAAGACUGAAGAUUUUUUCUGAGAUUAACCUUGACAGUUAUUAGUUGUUAACGACAUAAGUAAUGUAAAUAUUGUGAUUACACAAGGAGAUUAGACUGUUAGGAAAUUGAAUUUAAU